UCAACAAACAAUUAUUAAAACGUCAAGUUAAUAAGAUUAAUAAAACUCCAACGCCUAAAAAGUAUAGGCCAGAAUUAAGAUCGUUUGCUUUAACGUUGCACUUUUAUUCGCCAUGAGCGUAUGCAUUUAUUCGAAAAAAAUUUGAUACUUGUUUACCCCAUCCAAAAACAAUAAGUAAAUGGUACAAGUCGGUUCACGGUGAACCUGGUUUUAACGAGGAAGCAUUGAAGUCCAUUAAAAAACGUGCUAAUUUAGUAAAUUAUCCUCUUUUUGGCGCUCUUAUAUUCGAUGAAAUGGCUGUAAGACAACAUGUAGAAUAUGAUGACUUAUUUCUCUCAUCCGAUAACGGACAGAAAAGUUACUGUAUUUCUCGACCCAUGCCAUUGUGUGAAACUAUUACGUAAUUGUAUUGGAGAACAUAAAUCAAUAAUUGAUGACAAUGGUGAUAUGAUCCAAUAGGAACAUUUUACGAAGCUUAAUGACAUUCAAGUUAAGGAAAGUCUACACUUGGGUAAUAAAUUAAGAACGCGUCAUAUACAAUACCAUAAACAAAAAAUGAAAGUAAAACUCGCAGUGCAAAUCUUCAGUAAUUCUGUAGCUGAUGCAUUAGAAAUUUGUAAAAAUGAUUUACGAUAUACAGAUUUUGCAAAUUCGGCCCCAACGAUAAGAUUCAUACGAAUAAUAAAUGAUCUUUUUGAUAUCUUAAAUUCGAGGAACAUGAAACAGAUAGGGUUCAAACAACCGUUAAAUAAAAACAAUAGUUCUAUAAUUUUGGAAAAAUUAAAAGAAGGCUAUAAUUUCCUAUCACAAUUACGAAAGACAGAUGGUCAAUUGUUGAUUUAUAAUCAACUAAAAAUAAAUGUGCAUUCCUCGGUUUUAUGAUAUGUAUCAAAAGUAUAACAAUACUUUAUAAAGAUUUAGUUGUUAGUCAAGACGUAUUAAAAUAUAUAUCAGGUUACAAAUUUAACCAAGAUCACGUUGAAUUGUUAUUCAGCUCUGUACGAGCUCAUGGAGGUUCUAACAAUAACCCGACGGCUCGGCAAUUUAAAGCCGCUUAUAAAAAAAUUCUUGUCCAUACAGAGAUCACAGAGACAGCAACUGGUAAUUGCAUCCCGCUAGAAAUAAUUUCAAUACUACAUGUUUCUGCGAAUUCUGCAACUAUAAUAAAUCAGUCAACUCCGAAAUCUCGAGUAAUAGAUGAUAGCAAUCAUGAAGAUAGGAACGAAAAUUUACCUCUUUUGCUUGAUACAAUAACGCUUUCAGAAUUUACAACGAGAGUUAUAGCUUAUAUUGCAGGUUUUGUUGUAAGACAUUUAGAAAAAAUUCUACAUUGUGAAACUUGUAUCGAAGCUCUUACUGGCAACGAAACACAUAUCGAAUGUUCUUUAAUUAAUAUUAAAAAUCGUGGGGGCUUAAGAUUGCCUUCACACGAUGUAAUUGUAAUUUGUACUAAAGCUGAAAUUGCAAUUCGUUUAGCUUUGCGUGAAAGUGGCGAUAAAUGUUUAUCAAAAAAAUUUACAGAAAUUUAUCUCUUGAAUCAAGUUUUGCAACGUCUCAUUGAAAAUAGAAAUAUUUUCUCAAAUAUAGAAGAACAUUCUCGUGAUCAAACAAUUUUAGAAAAUCAUGUGUUUCAUCUUAUGAGAGCAAUCGCCUCUAAAUAUAUUAAAAUAAGAUUACAUUUUAUAGGGCGUAAUAUACUUCGUGAUAACAUAAGUAUAAGGCAAGCAUUUAACAAAAUAGUUUUGUUUAAGGGACAAUAAUUCUAGUAAACAAUAACUAACAGUAACAUUACACUCAUGUUCUAAUUUCUAAUUAUACAAUAUCAUAAUGUGCAUCCUACGUAACAGUUACAUCUUGAGUAGAAAAUUAUAACAUUGUAUUGUGUUACUGGUAGUUUUUGCGUUUACAUUUAUAUUUCUUUUAUGUUAAUAAAAAGUAAGACAUGCGUUAUAGUCUAUAACUAUAACUAUAUUAUA